AUGCCCAAUGUUUUAGUCGAUCUUAGAAUUGCUCUGGUACAAUUAAACCCACAACUGGGAAAGUUGGACUCAAAUAUCAGGAGGGCAUGGACUUUACUCAAUAAAUUCAAUGAUCAAAUAUCAAAGAGUAAGAAACCUGAUAUUGUAGUUUUCCCUGAAUUUGCUCUGACUGGUUAUAACUUCCAUUCUCGUGAGCAAAUAAAACCUUACUUGUGUCAUCCACAGGAAGGUCCCUCGUAUGAGUUAGCUAAGGAAGUUUCAAAGAAAUUUAAUUGUUACACAGUUAUAGGAUAUCCUGAAAAAUCCAUUGAUAACGACGAGAAAUGUUAUAAUUCUGCAUUAGUGAUGUCUCCACUGGGCAAGUUGGUAUUUAACUAUAGGAAAUCAUUCUUAUAUGAAACUGAUAAGCAAUGGCAAUGUGAAGAGAAUCCGCAACGUUUCGAGAAAUUUAAACUAUCUUUUCCUAGUAAGAAUUUGAAUUUAAAUUGUGCAAUAGGGAUUUGUAUGGACCUGAGUCCAUAUGAAUUCAAAGCACCUUUCAAUGACUUCGAAUUCUCUAGUUUUUGUCUAGAAAAUGAUAUCGAACUGAUCAUAUGUCCCAUGGCAUGGCUACACUCAAGCUCCAUUACUUCUUCAACAGAGAAGGCAGACGCUGAAAGAAAAAAAAUGGAAAUAAGUAGAAAUCUAGCUACACUGAACGUACCAAUAUAUGGAUCGCAGGGCAAUUUCCACAUUGAUAUCGACAAUAAUAAUAAGACUUCAGCUGUGGAGAAAGAUUCUGAAAAAAUCGGCAAAGAUUAUCGCGAUUUGUGUAAGCCAGACAUGUCGAAUGUAAAUUAUUGGAUAUUGAGGUUUUUACCCUUUGUAGACUUAAGUGUUAGGAAAGAUUGGUUUGAUGAAAAUUUAUUGCACGACAUUUGGCGCUCUGAAAGUAGAAAGUCUUAUAUUGGUGCGACAAAAGAACACUAUUGGAAGAUGCAUGGUAAGAAUGCAGUUUUAGCAAUUGCUAACAGAUGUGGUGUAGAGGAUGGAACGACGUUAUUUGCUGGAAGUUCUGGAUUUUACAAAUUUAAUGGUAAUGCAGAUAAUAGCACAGAUGAAUUAAAGCUAGAUUCAACAAACAAGAGUGUUGAGAUGUUAGGUAAUCUAGGCAAAGGUCACGAAGGAAUAAUAAUGCGUGAUGUACAUUUCGAAGUACAAAGGUAA